AGUGGACUAUCGAAAUAAAGUGUUACCGUUUCCUCACACCUCUGGAAGUCUUAUUUAGUCUGGGGGUCUCAUCAGGUCUCUGUGGGUGUCAUCAGAUCUGGAGUCUCAUCUGGUCACAAAGCAUAAGAUGAUUUAUAGCAUCUGUUAUAGCAAACUGUAAUCUAGUUGUUCUUUACCUGAACCGGGCAGCGCCGAUUCAGUUUGUUUACUUAUCUUUAAAUUCUUCCAGUGAAAUUGUCCAAAACAAAUAAUUUUCAUAAAUCCCUAAGAGUCCAAAGAAUCGGAUUAUCCAAGCCAAACUAAAACUCAAUCUCGAUUCUGACUGAAUUAUGAUAUAAAAACUGUAAACAAUAAUUCACUACUGGACACCGCACACCCCUGAGGGUCAAAGUAUAUGGGAGCUGUACCACUUUUAAUUUGGGUGUGUCGUAUAGACAAAAAACAUGGAAUUUCAGCUGUUUUAUAAUAGGUUUUUAAACUGCAGGCCAGAUGAACACAACCUGUUUUUCCUCAAAGAGCAAAACAUACGGAAUUUAUAAUACACAUCAAUGACAUGUAUUGCAAUAUAUAAACACAAUAGAUAAACCUAUAUGCCUUAUCCGUCUUUAACAUAUUGAUUUUUAGGCGUCUGUUUAGGGUGGGGCCUAUCAGCUCUGUUUAGAGAAAGAAGUUUGUUUCUGAAGGUCAGAGAAAUAUUCGUUCUUGAAUUGCAUCAUAUCUCUUUUCAAUUUUUGUGUGUUAUUAUUUUAUUCCACUCUUCAGUUUUUUGCACACUGGAUGUCCGGAUCAAACCCUGUGAAGAUCUUCAGUCAGGAUGAAAGCGAUGCAUUUAUUUCUCAUUGGUAUUUCUGUCUGGUCUGCAAUGGCAGGUGCUUUUGAUAACAACACACUUGAGAAACCUCAACUUUCUGGUCCUUCCCGCGCAUUGGAAGGUUCAAUUGUGGAAUAUUUCUGUAAAAUGCCCUCGAUACCCCCAGGUUUGUCCGUCCUCCUCACACUUUAUGAGAGAAACAUGAAUAAGUUCAUCGGUGAGUACACUGUGAACCAUGGACAAAGUGCCAAAUUUACUUUGGUUAUCUCCAAGGCCCAUGAUGGUCACCUAAUCUGUGAAGCCAGUGGAAACAACAACACACAGAUUGAAAAAACAUUCAGUAACAGCCUGGAACUCAAAGUCAUUUCUCCAGUGGAGGGAGCAUCAAUCACGUCACAUCCGUCCACUGAUGAUCUGUGGGAAGGACAGAGUUUGACACUUUAUUGUAACAUCACAAAAGGGACACACGUCUCUUAUGAUUGGCUGGUGAAUGGAAAAUCAGUUCACACAGGAUCCAGUCUGACCAUUCAGUCUCUCUCUGUCCAACAAACGGGCGAUUAUCAGUGUGUCGCAUCAAACAAAUUGAAUAACAAAAAGAUCUAUAAAUCCAGCAGUAAUGUCACGUUUGUGUGGGUCAAAGAAUACAUGUCAAAGCCUGAAAUCUCAAUUGAUGUGAUGAAGAUUGGGGUCGGCAUCUUUAUCAUCGUCAAAUGCCGGUCUGAUAAAGGAACCCCCACCAAAACAUUCAGUCUGUUUAAUGACAGAGAAGUUAUCAACACAAAAACCACAGAAGGACUUCAGGUUGAUUUUAAUGUGUCCAUUGAGCUGAAUCGAGACAUGGGCUGGGUGCGAUGUAACGCCAGUAAUGAUGGCAACUGGGUGCUGAGUGAACCAAUAAGUCUGACUAAUCUGUAGGGGGCGCUGUGACGGUGACGCCCUUCAGACACAUAGGACGGGACUUUGAGGUUUUUGGUCUGGCGUUGCGCUGUAAGGUGGAGCGAGGAACAUUUCCACAUUACGAUUGGUAUCUGAAUAACAGCAGACUAAU